AUGUUCCAUCCAAGUUUUACGUCGCCUAUGGAUGCGAUGGAUACAACACAAGAAGAACAACCAUCACAUCAUCAUUUUGAAUCUCGGACAUGCACUUUCAUUGAAGCUUCUAAACAUUCAUGUUCAAAAAACCAUAAAUUAUUAAAUCAUCAUCGGGCAUCCUGUACUGAAAAUAACAAUGUAGAUAUUGCUACCGAACUUUCUGCUUGUGAUACAAUCACAAAUAAUGAUGUAUAUAAUUUCAAAGAAAUAACGCGGAAAGGACCUAUUGGAAUUAUUGAUGAAGACGAAGUCAUGCAAGAUGACUUUGAAAUAGAUCAACAAUAUCAACAACCAACUAGUUUUUCCUCAUCAAAGAAUGCUCUACAAACUCAUAGACCAAGAGUUUCUUCAGAAAGUCGAACUCGUUCAAUACUCUCUCCUGACAAAUACUAUGAAAUUAAAUGCAAUAUAGAACAAGAAUUAUUAUUUAAAUCCUCUCAAUUUGGUAAAACAAACAAUAGUAUACUGAGUGAGCAACCACCACCAUUGCGGAAUCAAAACAAUUUUGAAACCAAGAAAGAAGAAUUACAUUCCAAGUUAAAAUCGGCACGUAGUGAUUUUGAAUCUUUUCUCAAAAGUGUUGAAAAGGAAAUACAACAAGAACGUAUUCAACUUGCACAAUCCAAGCCUACUCAACCAUCAACAACAACAACAUCAGAUAUUAAUGUAUCACCUAUUAAGCCAACUCUUCCAAAUAUGGGUGAGCCUAAACCAUCAACCCAACUUUCACAAACAACUCUUAAUAUUCAACCUACUUUAAAUAUUACACAACAACCAACAUCUUUCGACAAUACUGUUGCCAAGACUGGUAUUUCACAACUUAUUUUACAACCUAGUACUGGUGUGCAGUCAGUAACGAUGGUUCAACCUAGUAUACAACCAACAGAACCAAUGACACAACACUCUAUUGCACAACCUAGUUUACAUCCAAUUGCACAACCUACUGUUCAGCCAAGCAAACCACCUAUUUCUCAACCCAUUGUUCAACCCGUUGUUACACCCUCAAAUCCACCUCCUCAGAUCGUCAGAGUACAAUCUUCGAGUGCAGUACCAAUUUAUCAAAUCAAAGUAGAUGUUCCUCAACAAGGUACCAGAACAAGAGCUUACAUGAGAGCAAAAUUCUUUAUGAACAAACUCGAAGAAUUUAAUGCAGUUGCAAAACAAUUUGAAAAUGACAAAUCAUGUAAAAGUUCAAGAACUGAAAUCAAGAAAAAAAUCAAUGGGCCAUUCAAUAGAGCUGCAGAUGAUGAGAGUUCUAUCCGUCGUGUUACCAAUGAACUUUAUACAGCAUUUGAGACUUUCCAGAAAUCUCAAGGCCCUAUACCGAAUGGAGAAUUCUAUUAUUCUCUCGUUCUCUAUGCCAAUACUCUCAUUGAAAAUGCUUGCUCACAAGCAACUGAUCUCAAAAAAGUAUUUCCUUACGCUAAAAUAACUUCACAGCUCAUGGUAAUUAUGCCUGAAGUUUUGUAUGCGGUGAUAGGCACAAUUCAUUCCAAAUGUGUAUUCACAAUACCUUAUUAUCCACUUGCAAAAUCAAAAGAUGAAUUCAAGACAUUGUAUGGAUUUGAAGAAGAUGAAGACGAAUCAGCAUUCGUCAGAAGAAUGAAAGAAAUAAUCAUACUCUUUGCAUCUAUCAUUCAGACAGAUGAACAAGGCCAUGAAUAUGGAGUAGACAAGGGUUGGGAAUGGCUUGCAGCAGUUCUAAAUUUGCAGCCAAUCAAAUACACGAUUGAAAUGGUGGACACUUUCGUGAAGAUUGCUGGUCACCGAUUGGAACAAACUUACAAUGUCCAGUUUGCAAAGCUUUUACGCUACCUUGAAGUUCACUUUAUACCUAAUUUACCUCCCAAUUCUGAUCGAGGGUCAAUCACAAGACUCAAUCAUUUGAUAGGCAAUUACAAAAAGGAUCACACCAUUCCUCCACCAAUACAGUGA